AUGUCUAAUCGGGCGGCGUUUUUUAGCGCGAACGACGAAAGUACGGAGAAAGUGGCGCGUCGACGUCACGCACACACGCGCAACGCACGCGUGACGGCCGGGCGACGGCCGCUCCCCGCAAUGCACUGCUGCCAGUCUUACUACACGGCCGGUUGCGACACCGCGCCGAGAAACGGCCCGAUACGCCGCGGCCUCCCCCGACACGUUCGCUUGCCCAACGCCCGUCGCCGUCUGCGCCGAACC